UUAGCGGUGGAGCCCCCUCUCCUCUUCCUCCCCCACUGAUCAUGCCGUUUUCGCAGCUGCCAUUUUCAAAUGCCUCACCAUCUUCCACUACUUCCCCAUCUUCUCUUCUCCAAUAUAAUGCAUCCCCCACCCUUUCUAUGCUGUGUUGUAUUGUGAGCACUGAGCAUUGGGCAGCUGCCGUGGAAUUUAUUAAUUAGUUGGUAUAGUUGAAAGCCAGUUUGUUGCAGGCAUUCUUAGCCACGUCAGAAGCUAUUCUCAAGCACCCUCCAAAAGGUUUUGCCUGGGAAUAGUGGUUCAAGCAUACGGAAUCGACAAGUGGAACGACUCCUGGGCUUCAGAUUGAUCAGGGUAGAAGCUAAGCAAUGGGGUUCUGGAGUCUUUUUGUUACGGCACUUAUGCCAAUUCUGAAGGUACUGGUGGUUACUGGUAUUGGCUUAUUCAUUGCCUUGGAGCGUAUAGAUCUCUUGGGGCCAACUGCUCGGCAUCACUUGAACACUCUUGUGUUCUAUAUAUUCUAUCCUGCACUGGUAGCUAGCAACCUGGCUGAUACAGUUACAGCUAGUAGUUUGGCUACAAUGUGGUUCAUGCCAGUGAAUAUACUUCUGACUUUUAUCAUUGGCUCCGCACUUGGUUGGAUACUCAUAAAAAUCACCAGACCACCCCAACAUCUACAUGCACUUAUACUUGGUUGUUGUUCGGCAGGAAAUAUGGGGAACUUGUUUUUCAUUAUCAUCCCGGCAAUCUGUGAGGAGUCAGACAAUCCUUUUGGCUCAUCUGAUUGCUCCACAGAUGGAGACGCUUACGCUUCCCUUUCUUCUGCGCUGGGUGCCAUUGGUGUUUGGACUUAUGUUUACAUGAUUAUGCGGAUGUCCGCAACUAAGUGCAAAGGAGAAAUGAAUCUAUGUAACUCCACAACCAGUGUAAGAACUUCUCGAGAAGCAUUGGAAAUAAGCUCAGACUGUUGCACUGAAGCAUUGCUUCCUCCAAAGGAUAGCCCAAGGUCUGGGAACUGGUCAGAUGAAGAAGAACUGCCUCAUGACGGAUCUGAGGAAAGAUCAGAGGUGCCAUUUUCAGAGAAGAUUAAGCAGAAAGUUAAGAUCUUUAUGGAAAAGACGAACUUCAAGCAAGUGUUUACACCAUCUACUAUUGGAGUGAUUUUUGGGUUCUUCAUUGGGUUAAUCCCUCCAAUCCGAAAGCUAAUUAUUGGGGACAAUGCUCCUCUUCGUGUGAUUGAGAGUUCUGCAACCUUGCUGGGGGAGGCAGCCAUCCCAUCUACAACCCUGAUAAUGGGAGCAAACCUCCUUUCUGGUUUAAAAGGAUCAGAUGUUAGUAUUGUUGUGAUUUUGGGAAUUGUAGCAGUUCGGUAUAUCUUUUUGCCUCUGUUGGGUGUUGUUGUUGUCAAAGCCGCAACUCAUUUUGGGCUGGUGGGAUCAAAUUUGUUGUUCCAGUUUGUUCUCAUGCUUCAAUAUGCAGUUCCGCCGGCAAUGGGCACUGGUGUAAUUUGUCAGUUGUUCCAGUUUGGACAAAGUGAGUGUUCAGUUAUCAUGCUAUGGACUUAUGCAGUGGCAGGCUUCACUCUUACCCUUUGGUCCACCUUCUUCAUGUGGCUUGUGUCUUGAUUUGUAUUUUGCAAAAAAAUUUUCCCAUUUGAUAUCAUUCCGGACGCUAGGGUUAUGUUUGUUUGAGAAGCUAUAAUUUGUGUUACAAGGAAUGGAGGAAUUUAUUUGCUUCAUCAUGGAAAUACAAUGCCUCAUGUGUUAUUAGAUUAUAUAAAUUGUCUUUUGGGUACCA